UCUCUGACUCCUCCCCCAUGAGUACAUAUAAUCAGAAUUGACAAAGCCUUUUGGAUAAGAGGUGAAACAUCUUCAACCUUAAAAACCAAGUCUAGAUGACAACCUUUAAACCCGCUACUAUGAUGGAAUCUACCUGGAUGAAUGAGAGUCGUCAUAGACAUAAAUCCAUAAUUGCACUUUUACGGUUUCGCCACAAGAUGUCACUGUUGCAUACUUUCAUUAAAACAAAUUAUUCAAGUAAACUUUUAAAGAAUUUCUAUUUAAGCAUUUACCUUUUUAUUUGGAAUGACUUUUAUAAAAUAUAAACAGUUCUAAACAUAUUUUGUAAAAAAUAAUUUGGUCAAACCCAUAAAAAAUAGAAAAUCUGUUCUGCAAUAGUGUGGCUGCUGAUUAUGCAAAUAAUCAUUAGACAAUUGUACCAGGAAGUAUUGGUUAAAAAAAAAAAGAAAGAAAGAAAAAAGCCCCGGCCAGCUGCUCGUAAGUUCCUCAUUCUGGUACAGCAGCAGCAUAUGAGGCUGUUGACCCACUCGACAAGCCAACGUGCCUGCGGUUACUCUGAUGAGGAGCACAAAGAAGGUUUCUGAGGACUACAGGGUUUCCACAUACAGGGAAAGCUAAUCAAACAGCCAUACAGAUACUCGCAGGCCGACACAAUGGGCUGUAUUAAAUCCAUACUGAUAGGAGAACUGACGAAUGGGGUGGAGGAGAAGGGCAGCCAGCAGGCUGCACAGACUGACCAAGCGCACUAUGUGAGGGACCCAACCUCUACUUCAAAGAGCACCAGGAGUAACUCCCUCCUCCCUGGCCAAGUCUUUCAGAAGUUGGAAGAGGAAAACAAAUCAUACAAAAUAGUGAUUGGCCUUUACCCGUAUGAAGCCGUCCAUUCUGAUGACCUGGGCUUCAAGAAAGGAGAGAAGAUGAAGGUCUUGGAGGAACGCGGAGAAUGGUGGAAAGCAAGAUCUCUGACCACCAACAAAGAAGGAUUCAUCCCGUGCAAUUAUGUCGCCCAAGCUAACACCAUGGAAACAGAGGAGUGGUUUUUCAAAGACCUCACACGGAAGGAUGCUGAGAGACAGCUGAUGGCGCCAGCAAACAAACCGGGUUCUUAUCUCAUCAGAGAGAGCGAAACAUCAAAAGGGAGUUACUCGCUGUCGAUAAGAGACAGGGACAACCAAGGCAUGGACUUAGUAAAACAUUACAAGAUCCGGAAGCUAGAUAACGGGGGCUUCUUCAUUUCUCCUAAAAUCUCCUUCAACGACAUUGGCAGCAUGGUCAAACACUACCACAGCAAAGCGGAUGGCCUGUGCCGAAAGCUGGAAUCCCCUUGUGUGAAACCCAAAGCGCAGAAGCCAUGGGCUAAAGAUGCCUGGGAGAUUUCCAAAGAUUCAAUAAAAAUGGUGAAGAAGCUGGGAGCCGGGCAGUUUGGAGAAGUCUGGAUGGCAUACUACAACAAUACAACCAAAGUCGCUGUGAAGACGCUGAAGCCGGGCACCAUGACAGUGGAAGCUUUCCUGGAGGAAGCCAACAUCAUGAAGACCCUCCAGCACGAGCGGCUGGUGCGCCUCUAUGCUGUGGUCACCAAGACGGAGCCCAUCUACAUCAUCACAGAAUACAUGGCAAACGGAAGUCUUUUAGACUUUUUAAAGAGCGAGGUGGGCGGCAAACUGCAACUACCGAAACUUAUCGAUUUCUCAGCACAGAUUGCAGAAGGGAUGUCGUUUAUUGAAAAGAGGAACUACAUCCACAGAGACCUGAGGGCGGCGAACGUACUGGUCUCUGAGAGUCUGCUGUGCAAAAUCGCAGAUUUUGGUUUGGCUAGAGUCAUAGAGGAUGAUGAGUACUCAGCCAGGGAGGGAGCCAAGUUCCCCAUCAAAUGGACGGCUCCCGAGGCCAUCAACUAUGGAAGCUUCACCAUCAAAUCAGACAUGUGGUCGUUUGGAGUCCUGCUCUAUGAGAUCAUCACCUUCGGGAAGAUUCCGUACCCGGGAAUGACUAAAGGAGAGGUGGUGUCGUCGAUUCAGCGAGGCUACAGGAUGCCCCGCCCCGAAAACUGCCCCACUCAGCUGUACGAAAUCAUGACGUCCUGCUGGAAGUUCCGACCCGAAGACCGACCCACCUUUGAAUACAUGCAGAGCGUCCUGGAUGACUUUUACACAGCCACGGAGGACCAGUACCAGCACCAACCAUAGAGACUUACACAUUCUACAAUACUUUUUUGUACAUAGUUUCAAAAUAGUAUGUAUUUAUACUGGCUUCAUUCUCUGUCUAAAUCUGUCAUCUGUGAACAUAAAUCUCUUAAAGCAUAAUCUGAGGCCCCAGAGAUUUGAAUUAUGUACAGGAAAGGUUAAGAUUAUAAAUAGCAGGCUUUGUAUUUUUAAUUUUCUGAUUCUAGCAUGCUGUAAAAAAAAAGCCUUUGAAUAUGUGAUUUUUCUAUUAACUAACAUCUCCUCUUCCAGAGGAGACUGAACACUUGUCAUAAAAAAGACAUCUAUAGGCUACUAUUUUCUGAAAAUCAAAGAACAUAUCCUUUAUAUUUUUUAACCUGAAACAAUAAACUUUGUGUCUUAAUUUAAAAUAACUGAAGAAUUGGAAGAAAAUUGUCAUCCAAAACAAUCUGAUGUGACAUAUAUAUACACAUUUCAAUUCAUCUCAAUUUUUUUUUUUUAUAUAGCCCAAAAUCACAACAGUUGACUCAAUGGAUAGUUUUCUUGUCAUUUGAGCCAUACAGGCAUUCAUAAAUAAAUAAACAAAUCCGAAAAUAAAAUUUGAAAUGUCAUUAUAAACUAAGAAUCAAAUAUUCAUUUAUACAGAUUUGUCUUUGUACAUGUACAUUUUUUUUUUUUUUAGAAUAGAACAGGGUUUUGGAGUAUUGUUUUGAACAAUUAACUGAAUUUCCACACUAUAAGGCACGCUUAAAUGCCUUUUCUUUUUUUUUUUUUUUGGUGCCUUAUAAUCCAGAACUCCUUAUACAUGGAUUCAUUCUGGUUGUUCUCACUGAUCUCGAAGCAAUUUUGAAACUGCACUCUGUUAAAAUGUUUGGUUGGAUGUUAUUCUGAGUACGCUAA